AGCCGCGUCGCUGGCAUCUACGCUCUCAUCGAUGCUCGCCGGUGGCGAUUAUUCUUGCCUGUAGUUUAGCUAUGGCGCUGUGGACCAGUGAGCUCCGGGGCGGCUGGACCCCGGUUCGGCGUCUCGCUCGUUGCUGACUGACCGUCAGUCACCCGGGGCCCGGGGGCCAUGGGGGAGCCCGGUUGUCAGGACUCAGGAGACCCCGCCGCUGUCCGGAGCUGGUGCCUGCGGCGGGUGGGAAUGGAGGCCGAGUGGCUGCCGCUGGAGGACGGGCGCGAAGUGUCCAUAGGACGAGGAUUUGGUGUCACAUACCAACUGGUAUCAAAAAUUUGCCCUCUGAUGAUUUCUCGAAACCACUGUGUUUUGAAGCAGAAUCCUGAGGGCCGCUGGACAAUUAUGGACAACAAGAGUCUGAAUGGUGUUUGGCUGAACAGAGAGCGUCUGGAACCACUAAAGUUUUAUCUCAUCCGUGAGGGAGACCACAUCCAGCUCGGAGUGCCUCUGCAGAAUAAGGAGCACGCAGAGUUCGAAUACGAAGUUAGCGAAGAAGACUGGGAGAGGCUGUUUCCUUGUCUUGCCCUACAGAGUAGACAGAUGGUGGAGAAAAACAAGGGCUGGAGAACUAAAAGGAAAAGCAGCAUGGAGGAGUUAGAGAGCCUUGGCUGUGGGGGCCCCUCAGGCUCAAAAGCCAAGAUGAGUAAAGUGUCUUGUGCACCUGACCAGCCGGGGAGGCCACCGGGGCCUGGUGAAAUGGCCAGUCAGCCCCGUGAGUGUUUGGAUCCGGGGCUGGCUCCUCCUGAGGCAGGCAGGAAGACCAUGAGAGCUCGUACUUACCCUGGGCCUCCAAAAGCCCCGCAGCUUUAUCCCAAGAAGCAGAAAGCCUCAAAGCCUUCUGCGUCUCAGAGCAGCCUGGAGCUGUUUAAGGUGACCAUGUCCAGAAUCAUGAAGCUGAAAAAGCAGCUGCAAGAAAAACAGGUUGCUGUUAUGAAUGUGAAAAACCAAACCCGGGCAGGGAAUGCACGGAGGAUCGUGAGGAUGGAGCGGGAGCUGCAGGAGCUGCAGGCCCAGCUGUGCACAGAGCAGGCCCAGCAGCAGGCGAGAGUGGAGCAGCUCGAAAAGACUUUCCAGGAGGAGGAGAAUCACCUCCAGGGUUUGGAGAAAGAGCAAGUAGAGGACCUGAAGCAGCAGCUGGCCCAGGCUCUGCAGGAGCAUCAGGCCCUCAUGGAGGAGCUAAAUCGCAGCAAGAAGGACUUUGAAACAAUCAUUCAAGCGAAGAACAAAGAACUGGAGCAGACCAAGGAAGAAAAGGAGAAGGUACAGGCCCAGAAGGAGGAGGUUCUGAGCCACAUGAACGACGUGCUGGAGAAUGAGCUGCAGUGCAUCAUCUGCUCAGAGUACUUCAUCGAGGCUGUCACCUUGAACUGCGCCCACAGCUUCUGCUCCUAUUGCAUCAGUGAGUGGAUGAAGCGGAAGGUGGAAUGCCCCAUCUGCCGGAAGGACAUCAAGUCCAAAACCCACUCCCUGGUUCUAGACAACUGCAUUGCUAAGCUGGUGGAUAAUUUGAGCCCAGAAGUGAAGGAGCGAAGAGUGGUCCUCACUAGGGAACGGAAAGGGAUGCCCGAAGAAUCCUCUGCAGCGAUCGUUGCUUGGCCGGAAGGGGCGUCCGUGUUGAAGGGGAGGCCCAAGCAGCACUGUCAGCGGCAGGCUGCUGUGUGCUGUGACAGGGACUUCCUUGGAGAGGGAACCACUGCGGAGAAAAGUCGACAAACGAGAUGUGAUUGAAACCAAAUUGAAAAUGGGCGAACAGAUGACCAAGCUCUGGCCUGCGUCUGGUGGAAGUCCAGGUCACUUCAGACCUAGGCAGUGGCGCAGGGGAUCUGUGUGCAGAUAGCAGCAGGGGAGGACAGCUCCUUAGAGGACAGCUGACCGUGCACGCUGACCACCGCCAGUGGCAGCCGCCUGUUCAGCACGCCUUCCCUUCAGUGUGCCUGCAGCGUGUGGAAGUCAGCCCUCUAGAUGGACUGAAGAACGAGAAGCACACAGAACUUAAGAGUUAAAGGCCAGCCCUGUUCUUGUAACUGUGUGACCUUGAGAAGUCACCAACCUCUCUGGGACUUGGUUUUCCCUCGUCUCUCAUUGAUUACCAAGGGAGGCCUAAAUAUACCCAGUUAGUACUCUAGUGCUUGUACACAAAAGCCACAAUGGUUUCUUUUGGGUACCUUUGUUUGUUUGUUUUUGAGACAGGGUUUUGCUGUGCAGUUCAGGCUGGCCUUGAACUCACAGAAACCGUCCUGGCUCAGCCUCCGGAAGGGUAGGAUUCCAGGCAUACGCUACUACCACGCCUGGGCAGAAUGCUCUGUUUUUAAGACAAACCAAAUAUUCACCCAAACUCCGUUAUUCCUCUGAGUUGCUGAAUGCUGUCUCCCUGGAGAGAUACCCGAUCUUAAACGUCAUCUGUGUUUUGCUCGCUUGGAUAAAAUAUGCGGUAGCUUUUCUGCCUUGCAGCAAGCACUGAACUGGGGCCCAGCUGAGCCUAGGGCUGCAGUCUGUCUCUAAUUAAAGCCUGUCCUCCACUAA